CAUCAUGUGGUUUCUGAGAUGGAGGAGUGAGAGUUCGGAUGAAAACACACGAGGUUUUUCGCUCCUCCAUCAUGUCCGUCUGCAUUUACCGUGGCUUAGCUCCACCCUCUCAGGCAAGGUGGGCGUGGCUUCAUGUGUUGGCUCCGACCCCGCGUCACUGGCCCUGCCCAUCGCUGCAGCAGCUGUUGGCUGUGUGUCUGCUGCUGCUGCUGCCGCCGCUGGCCGUCCAAUCACGGCGCGAGUGGGGCGGAGGGGGCAUGGCCCACUACAUCCCAUCAUCGGUGGCACAGUAUCCGCCCGUCUCCAAGCUGGUGCAGGGCCUGAGCAUCGCGGUGGUGCUGGUGGGAAACUCCAGUGAGGUGGCGCUCGCCGGCAUGCGCGACAAAGACGACUUUGGCCACAUGCCACUGGCGCCCAACGUGGAGAUGCUCACCAUGAACGAGACGGACCCCAAGAGCAUCAUCAAGAGCAUCUGCGACCUGAUGACGGAGCACUGGCUGCAGGGCGUGGUGUUCGGAGACGACACCGAUCAGGAAGCCAUCGCGCAGAUCCUGGACUUCAUCUCCACGCAGACGCACAUCCCCAUCCUGGGCGUGAAGGGAGGCUCCUCCAUGAUCAUGGCCGCUAAGGACGAUAACUCCAUGUUCUUUCAGUUCGGACCCUCCAUCGAGCAGCAGGCGUCUGUCAUGCUCAACAUCAUGGAGGAGUAUGACUGGUACAUCUUCUCCAUCGUCACCACAUACUACCCCGGCUACCAGGACUUUGUUACCAAGAUCCGCAGCACCAUCGAGAACAGUUUUGUGGGCUGGGAGCUGGAGGAGGUGCUGCUGCUGGACAUGUCUGUGGACGACGGAGACGCCAAGAUCCAGAACCAGCUGAAGAAGCUGCAGAGCCCCGUCAUCCUGCUCUACUCCACCAAAGAGGAGGCCAACAUCAUCUUGGAGGUGGCGCACUCGGUGGGCCUGACGGGCUACGGCUACACCUGGAUCGCCCCGUCUCUGGUGGCGGGAGACGCCGAUCACAUCCCGGCCGAGUUUCCCACAGGCAUGAUCUCGGUGUCAUACGACGAGUGGGAUUACGGUCUGGAGGCGCGUGUUCGUGAUGGUGUGGCUGUGAUCGCCUCGGCCACCUCCACCAUGAUGAUAGACCGAGGGCCACACACACUGCUCAAGUCUGAGUGCCACGGGGCCCUGGACAAGAAGAGCCCCAUCAGCAACGAGGUGCUCAGGUAUCUGAUGAACGUGACGUUUGAGGGCCGGAAUCUCUCCUUCAGUGAGGACGGCUAUCAGAUGCACCCCAAACUGGUGAUCAUCCUGCUGAACAAGGACAGACAGUGGGACAGAGUGGGUAAGUGGGAGAACGGCUCUCUGUCGAUGAAGUUUCACGUGUGGCCGCGGUUCGAGCUGUACUCUGGGACGGAGAGCCGUGAAGACGAUCAUCUGUCCAUCGUGACGCUGGAGGAGGCUCCGUUCGUGAUGGUGGAGGAAGUGGAUCCACUGAGUGGCACCUGCAUGAGGAACACGGUUCCCUGCCGCAAGCAGCUCAAAUCACUGAAUCAGACGGGGGAUUCUGGCAUCUACAUCAAGCGCUGCUGUAAAGGCUUCUGUAUCGACAUCCUGAAGAAGAUCGCCAAGUCUGUGAAAUUCACCUACGACCUUUAUCUGGUCACCAACGGCAAACACGGCAAGAAGAUCAACGGCACGUGGAACGGGAUGGUGGGAGAGGUGGUGCUGAAGAACGCUCACAUGGCCGUCGGCUCGCUGACCAUCAAUGAGGAGAGGUCAGAGGUCAUUGAUUUCUCCGUGCCCUUCAUAGAGACGGGCAUCAGUGUCAUGGUGUCUCGGAGCAACGGCACCGUGUCUCCGUCUGCAUUCCUCGAGCCGUUCAGCGCAGACGUCUGGAUCAUGAUGUUCGUCAUGCUGCUGCUGGUUUGUGCCAUCGCCGUGUUCAUCUUCGAAUACUUCAGUCCCGUGGGCUACAAUCGCCGUCUCAUCGAUGGCAGAGAGGCCGGAGGUCCGUCGUUCACCGUCGGAAAGGCCAUCUGGCUGCUCUGGGGUUUGGUCUUCAAUAACUCCGUGCCAGUGCAGAACCCCAGAGGAACCACCAGCAAGAUCAUGGUGUCCGUCUGGGCCUUCUUUGCUGUGAUUUUCUUGGCCAGCUAUACUGCUAACCUGGCCGCGUUUAUGAUCCAGGAAGAGUACGUGGACCAGGUGUCGGGCCUCAGCGACAAAAAGUUUCAGAGACCCAACGACUUCUCCCCGCCGUUUCGCUUCGGGACGGUGCCCAACGGCAGCACCGAGAGAAACAUCCGCAAUAACUACAGAGAGAUGCACUCCUACAUGGUCAAAUUCCACCAGCGCAACGUGAAUGAAGCGCUGUACAGUCUGAAAUCAGGGAAGCUGGAUGCCUUCAUCUACGACGCGGCGGUGCUGAACUACAUGGCGGGCAGAGAUGAGGGCUGUAAGCUGGUCACCAUCGGCUCUGGGAAAGUGUUCGCUUCCACCGGCUAUGGCAUCGCCAUCCAGAAAGAGUCGGGCUGGAAAAGACAGGUGGACCUCGCCAUCCUGCAGCUCUUUGGAGACGGUGAUAUGGAGGAGUUUGAGGCGCUCUGGCUCACCGGGAUCUGCCACCACGAGAAGAAUGAAGUGAUGAGCAGUCAGCUGGAUGUGGACAAUAUGGCGGGUGUGUUCUACAUGCUGGGUGCUGCCAUGGCUCUGUCUCUCAUCACCUUCAUCGCUGAGCACGUCUUCUACUGGCACCUGCGCUUCUGCUUCAUGGGCGUGUGUUCUGGGAAACCAGGGCUCACCUUCACCCUCAGCAGGGAGAUUUACAGCUGCAUUCACGGAGUAGAAAUCGAAGAUAAGAGUUCAGCGCUCAAUUCGCCCUCGGCUACCAUGAACAACACGCACUCGAAUAUCCUGCGUCUGCUGCGCACCGCCAAGAACAUGGCAUCCCUCUCCGGGGUCAACGGCUCCCCGCACAGCGCGCUGGACUUCAUCCGCCGAGAGUCCUCCGUGUAUGACACCAGCGAGCACCGCCGCAGCCUGGCCGGACACUCGGACUGCAAGGCCCCCUACCUGCCCGACGACAACAUGUUCAGCGACUACAUCAGCGAGGUGGAGCGCACCUUCGGCAACCUGCACCUGAAGGACAGCAACCUGUACCAGGACCACUACUUGCACCACCACGGGGGCUCCACGCUGGGGCUGACGGGCCCCAACCGGCCCCACAGCCUGGGCUCCAGCAGUUCUCUGGAGGGCGGCAUGUUUGACUGCGACAGCCUUGGCGGCGGCGCAGCCCCCGUCUUCACCACACAGCCACGCUCUGCACUAACGCACAGGAACAUGAGUAAAUUCGAUCUGCUGCAGAGCCAGACUCCUCCGUCUGGGCUGGGAUUGAAGCAGGGACUGGCCGACCUGUACGGGAAGUUCUCCUUUAAAGGUGGAGCUUCCAGUUCGGGAUACAUCGCAGGGCACGACCGGUUCUGCGGCGGAGCCGACGACGGAAACAUCCGCUCUGACGUGUCUGACAUUUCCACUCAUACCGUCACCUACGGCAAUCUGGAGGGCAAUGCUAAGAAACGCAAGCAGUAUAGAGACAGCUUGAAGAAGCGUCCGGCGUCGGCAAAGUCCCGCAGGGAACUCGACGAGAUUGAGCUGGGUUACCGCCGCCGCCAGCAUCACCACCACCACCACGGGCACCGCUCGGCUUCGCCUCCAUCCGAGCGCAAACGAGGUGUGAGCUCGACCUCAUAUCUGCUACAGGACAAGGAAAGCUUGAGGGAUUUCUACCUGGAUCAGUUCCGGCCAAAGAAAGGCAUCCCACAGUGGGAGCAUGUGGAUCUCACCGAUGGCCCCGGCGGUGGCGGCGGAGCAGGAGGCAACUGCACCAGUUUGCUGUCUGUAGAUGACUUCCUAAAGAGCAAACCCAAGAAACCGGAGAGCGGCGACCGGGAAUGUCGCAGCUGUCGGGCCAGCAGCGCAGGCAGCAAACACGGAGCUGGAGUUCUGCACGUCGGAAGCGGCUGCGUGGCAUCGGGAGCCGCAGGAAGAGUCGGAAGCAGCCGUCCCAGUUCUGCCACUUGCAUGCGUUGCGAAGCCUGCAAGAAGUCCGGAAACCUGUACGACAUCAGCGAGGACAGUAACCACCUGCUGGAGCAACUGGGAGGCAGUAGAGGCCAGACGCCGGCGCAGCGCCGCAGGGCUUUCAGCGGGAAGCCGCUACGCCGGCAACACUCCUACGACGCAUUCGUAGACCUGCAGAGAGAAGAGUUAACUGGGAUGGGCGCACUGCCUAUGUUAUGUGCAGCACCGCCGCCGCGCAGCAUCAGCCUCAAGGAGCGGGAGCGCUGCAUGGACGCCUCCUUCGCACACAUAUUCGAGUGUCCCGAGCAGGACACGGAGCGAGACCCGCUGUUCUACGAGAGGGGCGCAGGAUCGCCGUUUGGGUUGCAGAACGCGCCCCAUCGGCGCUCGGUGGGAGAGAGGGAUUUGAGAGACAGAGGACUCCUGGAGGGGCCUGUUCACGCUUUAUCUAAAUCCCUCUAUCCCGACCGAACCGACCACAACCCAUUCAUCCCUACGUUCGGAGACGACCAGUGUCUGCUGCACGGUGCCAAGUCCUACUACGUCACCCAGCAGCAGUCGCAGCACGGGGAUUUGCUCAGCCCCAUGGCCUUCCCUGCGGAGCUGUGCAUGGGGAACCACCACACCAGCAAGCUCAGCCUCAGCCCGCCUCGGCCGUUCACCGGCAGCAACGGACACGUGUACGAGAAGCUCUCUAGCAUAGAGUCUGACGUGUGAGAACGAGUCCAGAUCUUAGCAGGACACGCAGAACUCGAGAGAACUGAAAAUGUCAUUUCCUGUGAAGUUCACGCUUGCACCGUUGGGUUCAUCUCCACGAGCUAGUGAGAAGAAUGAGAGCACAUCCAUCUGCCACGUCAGAUGGCCACCAGAACAGCCCAGUCCUGUACUCUUGUCUUUUGUGAAGAUACAAUCAUGAAAGCAUAAUAAAUGCUCAUUGAUUUUUUUUUUUUGAAACAGGGUAAUAACUGUACCUCAGAGGCGCUGUGAAGACACUGCUGACUGGUGAUCUGUUGUUGAAAUUGGGUUUCAUUUGUCUGUCGUUUUCCUGAGGCCUUUGCUGAGCGUUAGGGAUUUUUGAAUGUGACGAUCAAUCCAGUCUCCGCAUCAACGUAACGCAUCCAUGGCAACAGCCUAUCCCAUGCUGUUUACGGCCGUGAAACACGCGUGCAUUCGUGAAAGUGCACAAGACUCUGUUUUAUGCCGUCAUUUAUAUUCUAGUCUCUACUGCCGUGAUAUUUCAUAUCCAACGAGAAAUUGUGUUGAUACGCCUUCGGUUACGCUCACGUGACUCUCGCUCAGAAGCUGAGAAACGAGGGAGAUGAAAUGACAGUAUCAACCCCUCUCUUUGUUUUGGUUGUAAAUACAUUUCUCUUUAUAUAAGCCGACAAGGUCUACCUUUAAUAUAGCUUUUUCAAGUAUAACCAAAAUAAAGAUAAAAACAGAACAAAAUAACAAAAACAUAAAAUAUGCAAAAUUUAGCAAAAGCAUUAUAACUCAUGAUAAGUGAUAUUUUAAGCGAUCGUUUGCUUUUUAAAUCCAUGUUUAUUACUUAAUUCUGAUAGUUUACCGCCUCCUAACCGGCUUCAUUUUAAGGAUUUACCUUUGCAGCGUAACAGAGCUGAGCAGUGCUGUCGUGGACAUGUUUAGUUUACUCGAUUAGUGUACCGAUUACUCCUUGCUAAGUUUCUCUUAAAUUGUGUUUAGAUGUCUGGUCGCCUGCUGGAGAAGGUUUCCAGGUUCUCUCUCUCUCUCUCUCACACACACACACACACAGGUUUGCGUAGCUAUGUAAAUGAGGACAUAAUUGCUAUAAACUCACACAAACCCUAAAAUGUUGAAAAAGGAGCAUUUACGUUAUUUAUGUAUUUGUAC